AUGAAUAUUUUUUGUUGGGUUAUUUCAAUCGGUUAUUCAAUAUAUAUAAUAUUAAUGGCUUUUGCUGAUCCAGCAAUGGCUAUUCAAGGAGCAAUAUUUUUGUCAACAAAAAGUACUGCAAAUUUAACAAUUUAUGUUAGCAUUUUAACUACUUUAAUGGUUAUUUUGACGGCUUUAAGUGAUUGGAAAAUAACAAAAUUAAAUAAAAAAAUAAAACAAAGGAGGUUUAUCAGUCUUAAAAAUAAAUUAGAAAAUUUUUUUUAUUUUAGUAAAAAUAUAUUUUUUGGUUAUAAUUUAAGUAAAAGUUUUCAAUUAAAUGAGAAUAUUCUUGUAAUGCGUUUAAUCCUUCCAAUGGAUAUUGCUUAUGCAACAAUUUAUUUAAUAUAUAAUGCUCUAGUUGUGUUAAUUCGGAUUUAUAAAGAUAAAAUUUCUUCUACAAAUUACGUGUUUUAUUAUAGUACAAUUGAUACGGUAGGGCAAAUUUUAGGGAAAUAUUUAAAAAAUUGUUCUAAAUAG